AUUAUUCUUAACACACUCCAGCGGGGAAAAAGUACAGAAUGAAUUCUUUCCUGGGAUAUAUCUGUGUGCUCUCAGCUAUAGUAGGAACAGGUCAUUCUCUCUCCUGUGUGGAAUGUGCGAGUUCCUACGGUACAACAUGCUUAGGAACUACCAUAACCUGCAGCAAUGGAAGUGUCUGUGGGUCUCAGUACACAGUGGGUAAAGUAGGGUCACUAACCACAACUUUAUUUGUCAAAGCAUGUGUUCUUCAAGACCAAUGUAGUAUGAAUGGCAGCAUUACCUUUAAUGAAGGAAGUACUAGGACUGGGAUCUCUUGUUGUAAUACUGACAAUUGUACUCCACCUGUCCCGUCAUUACCACAAAUCAGUACUCAGCAAAAUGGACUGACAUGUCGAUCAUGUAUUUCUGAAACCUCUAACUGGUGUUAUACUUCGGAUACCAUUCAAUGUACCGGCAAUGAGGAUAUGUGUCUUCUGCAAGCUACAACAAUUGCAGGACUCAAAACUUCAAUUCGUGGUUGUGCCACAAAAAGUAUAUGUGAUCUUGGGAGCCAGACUGUGAUCAAUACUGUCAAGAUUACCUGCACAAGUGGAAGUAUUGGGCUGCACUCCAACAUGUUCCUUUCUGCUAUCAUUUCUUUUGUGCUGUUAAAAUGCUACUUUUAGAAAAUGUGUGUAGGACAUUAUCAAUAGCAGAAAUGCUUGUAAAUAUGAAUAGUUCCAUACUGGUGAUGGUUGGUGAUGACUGCAGAUGAUCACCAGGAGAAUGUUUGCAUUCUUUUUUUAUUCCAGAAUAAAGAAUAAAGCAUUUAUCCCAGAGUUUCAAAGCUAGUGCUUAAUACUACUAUUUAAUUUUUUAACUGUUCAAAAUUGCACAUUUAUGCUCUUUAUUUACUUAAUUAUGCCAUUUUUGAUUUCUAUAGCUGUUAUGGCUAAAUGUGUUUCCAUGGGGAAUAUUUAAUCU